UAACGGUCUGAAAGUCUGGAGUCUGCAUUCAACUGCAUUGUCUCGUGUUGCAUAUUGCUGAGGUUACCACUGGUGCAGUUUGUUUUCUUCUCUAGCUUGGCUAGUCUGAUAAACGGACAUAAUUUCUUCUCUCUCUUCAGAAGAAAAACGGAAGCGUUUCAGUAUGAUUCGGAUCUGAAUCACACACUCUUUGUCAUGUGACAGACUGACAGGUUCGUUGAUUAAUACUCCAGGGGUAAGCACUAAGCACGGGUGCCCAAGCCUUUGCCUUGCGUUACCACCAGCAAUUGACAUUUGACAGCGAUCCACUUAGCCACGGCCAUGGAGUCCAACGCCGCCGACGAGCUACUGCUCGAGUUGGACUCCCUACGCAUCUACCGGAGCGGCAAGAUGGACCGCCUCCACCAUCCCGUGCUUGCGCCUGCCGGCGUCGACGCGGCCACCGGCGUCACGUCCAAGGACGUGGUCGUCGACGCUGACACCGGCCUGUCCGUGCGCGUCUUCCUCCCCGCCCGCCCAGAUCCGUCCAAGAAGCUACCCGUCCUCGUCUUCUUCCACGGCGGUGCCUUCGUGAUCGAGUCGGCCUUCUCCACGACGUACCAUGGCUACGCCGCGUCCCUCGCCGCCGCGGCCGGCGUCGUCGCCGUCUCCGUGGAGUACCGCCUCGCGCCGGAGCACCCCGUCCCCGCCGCCUACGACGACGCCUGGGCCGCGCUCCAGUGGGCCGCGUCGGGGAAAGACGAGUGGCUCGCCGAGCACGCGGACAACGGCCGCCUCUUCCUCGCCGGAGACAGCGCAGGCGGCAACAUGGUUCACAACGUCAUGAUCAGGGCGGCGUCCUCCCAUCCAGCGCCGAGGAUCGAGGGCGCCAUACUCCUUCACCCUUGGUUCGGCGGGAACGCGGUCAUCGAAGGCGAGUCCGAGGCGACGGCCAGGGACAUGGCCAAGAUCUGGGAGUUCGCGUGCCCGGGCGCGGUGGGCGGCGCCGACGACCCGAGGAUGAACCCCACGGCGGGGGGCGCGGCGGGGCUGGAGAACCUCCGGUGCGAGAGGGUGCUCGUCUGCACCGGCGAGAAGGACUGGGCCGGGGCGCGGGGAUGCGCGUACCACGCGGCGGUGGCCGCGAGCGCGUGGCGAGGGAGCGCCGCGUGGCUGGAGUCGGAAGGGGAGGGGCACGUGUUCUUCCUGGAGAAGCCGGAGUGCGCCAAGGCCAAGGAGCUCAUGGACCGCGUCGUGGCGUUCAUCUCCGCCUCCUGAGUCCACCUGGGCCGCCGAUUAGGUGGGGGUGGAUUCCGGCGAGGGAGGGGGAAGUCGAAGCGGUCGAUCUGAGCAGUGUGUAUGCAAAUUCUUCGAAUAAAGUGGCUACAUGUCAAAUUGAUA